CGCGCUAACCAGUAGGCCACGGCUGCCCCUAAAGCAUGCUCUAUAAGAAAAGCUGAACACAGAACCACUAACUUUCCUAAAGACUCACAACAGCGUGCAUUACCAAUAGUGUGUACCAUUUUACCCAUUAUCUUUUCCAUCUAGGCCUACACAACUUAAAAUGUAUGCAAAAUGUGAAUCAAUCACUUUUGUUCUGAGUUGCCCUUUACCAGCUGACGCUUGAGUGAGUCAAUACAAUGAUUGAAAUAUAAUGAUUUAUUGACUAUACCCCCCCCCCCCUUUUAUCUUGUGUGUGUGUGUGUGUGUGUGUGUGUGUGUGUGAGAGAGAGAGAGAGAGAGGGGGAUAGAAGGAGAGAGAUUUGCGUAUGUGUAUGUAUGUGUGUUUCUGCUGUUUGCACGUGGCUAUGGGAGACGUUGUCUUGAACAGAUGUCUGACCUCAUUGUCAGCUGUGAGGGUCAGCUGCUCUGUCCCCCACAGACGGUUGGCUUAAAUGUGUCCUCACCUCAAGUGCCUUGGGCUUUUCCCUUUCUGCAUCGUCACUUCAGUUCACUGACUUAAACCUUGUGGAGUCUAUACAUACUCAAAACCCGACAGUAGCAGUGCUAACCGCUAAGUGAUGAGAGAAUAACAGCUGGAUUGUUAUGUCUUAUAGCUAACAUCCACAGCUUUUCUACUCAGAAUGUGAUGGUGCCAUAUCUUGGCUGGACAACCGUGUCAACAUUCCAGCCAGCAGUGGAGCUCAACUGCUUUGGGAUAUCCUGUCGUGUUGACCUCAGCUUGUUCACAGUGUUAACUGUCUCCUCGUUGAAGACUCUUUGACCUGCGAAUGUCUGAGAAUGAUGGAAGAGGAGGUUUGCUACUCCAGUGUACUUUUCAUCAAAUCUAAAGAAGCCAAGCCAAGAGAGGAGCAAAAUGCACAAGAAACUGUGUAUGCAGCAGUUAAGAGAAAAGAAGAGCUACGAGCAGAGCCCAGCCCCAGCCACACAACAGCAGAUGACCCGUCUCUACCUGGCCCUCACCGAUAUCGCUGUGCUGUGGUGGUCCUUGGCCUGCUGACUGCUCUCCUCCUCUCUGCCCUGGUGGCUUCACUUGUUUACUAUCAGGGAUAUGUGUCUGAAUAUAACACACUUUUGGUGAGGGAGCUGCGUCAGCUCAAAGACAAUCACUCAUCCUUAAUGACAGAGCUUACACUUGUGCAAAUGAACUAUGCCAACCUGAGCAACUCCAACGGAAUGUUACAGGAUCGUUAUGACAACAUGAGCUCUGCAAACCUAGAUCUCCAGAAGGAGAGGAACACAUUGAUGAUGGAGCGGGACCAUCUCAAUCAGACUCUUGAGGUCAUUUUCCAGUUCAAUGUUUUUCCAGUGGAUGAUUACUGUCCAGUCACAGAUAAUGCAACACAAGAGAGGAAGUGUAGUGCAAAUUGCAAAGAAGGAUGGGUGUACUAUCAAUCAAGCUGUUACCUAUUUGUCCACAAGUGGAAUAGCUGGGAGGACAGUAAAACUGACUGUGAAAAGGAGAGGGCCCACCUGGUAACCAUAGACACAGUAGAGGAACAAGCAUUCAUCAACAAUCACACAGAGUAUUACUAUCAGGGAUAUGGAUACUGGAUUGGACUGAGGAAAAUCCAGGACAAAUGGCAGUGGGUGGAUGGCCGUGACCUCACUGGAGGGCACUGGAUUAGAACAGAGGGCUCUGGUUGUGUCCUAUCAAUGCCUAGCACUUUAGACCAUUUGAAGAGCUGGAGAAGCGACUUCUGUAGUGGGCACAACAGAUGGAUCUGUGAAAAACAAGCUGUUAUAUGGCCUGGCAAAAAUGUGUAGUGACUUUUUUCUGUAUAAUUUUAUUAUGUGUAUGUAUGUAUAUAAGUAUAAGUAUAUAUACUCUUUUGAU